CACCUUUUUCUAAUCACAUGGUACGCGAUUGGACGCGUUUUUGUUACCAUCACAUGGCGAAAGACCGUCGAAUUUUCCCCGUCAGUGUUUUCGCGAUCGGCUUUGUGUGUCCACUUCGGUUUUCCAGUCGCGACCAUCCGCCGAAAUGCCGAAAGUAAAAAAAUGGUGUCGGAAGAAACGUCGAUGAUUGACGGUGGUAUCUAUCCGAGCUGUUGUCCCGCCGAUAAACUCUGGUUAUCAGAUGAUAAUAACGCGAUUAAACGCGACAGUAGCGUGGAGAGUGCCAGUGAUGUGGAAAGCUUCGUCAGAGAGCUGAUUCGGGAGAUUUGUGAGCGCGUUUGUGAAGUGAUGCCACGUGACCGCCAGAUCCUGGCCGACGAACGCUCAUUGAGGAAAAACCACAGAAGGAUCUCAAUCGUCGAUGACGAGCUCGUCUCAUCUCAGCUCAAGCCGGCCCUAAAUCUGGUCGACGAGAAUGACAACAGUGUCUGCGAGGCUGUUAACCCGGAAAUCGACCGGAAGCCAAAACGCAAGAAAAAACUUUCGUUCAGCUUUUUGCGGAAAGUGAGCAGGGACAGUGAAGACCACCAUGAGGAGACCUACGACCAGUUCGACCCGCACGCCAAGAUUGCCACGCUGCGGAAGAGCAAAAAGUACUCCUCGGCGGUGGAACUCAACCAGAACAAGGGCACUAAGCUGACCAGAACCACCUCGCUCCUGAAAAAACUGGGACAGGAGUCGAAGAACUUCCUCAAGCGGUCUGUGAGUGUGAGGGAGCUGACUCGGAGGUCCAGGGAGAGGCUCAUCAGCGAGGAAAAGGAGUCGGAGUGGAAACAGUCGCUGCAAAGUCUCGUCGAAACCGACGUUAGUGUUAGUUACAAUGACCUUAGUUAUGUGGACUAUGACGCGCUCAAUAACAUUCAGUACGAUUAUUUGCCGGAUAAAGCCAAUAUCGGAAGGACUCAAAGUAUGUACGAAAAGAGAUCUCCCGAAUUCCGGCGCCCCCAUUACUUCCGCGGAAUUUCCUCCACGAGCGAAAUCCUGCAGGAGAACUCAUGUUUGGCUGAACGGUCUGGAGCCUUAUCGCUCCCAUCUCUGCACCACCUCAACCAGGAAAAUGGGGAGACUACCAGCAGUCCCGCCCACAGAUACCGUCGUCGUCCGCAGAGUAUCAGUUCAGAGGAUGGCAGAUACCGUCCCCAGUCCUCCGAAGGCAGUUUCAGGUCGGCUGGAAGUGGCUGUGCCAAGCUGAAACGGCAGAACGCUUGCCGGCAGAAAAACCGCGAUGUCCUCAUUCAGGAAAGCAGACGGACCGAGCAAACGGUCCGGUCCCGGAGCUUAAACCAUUUAGACACUUUAGAAAUGAGGCAAGGCGUCGUUUCGACCACAGAUCCGGCUUUGAAGGACUCGAGAUCCGAACCGGACUGCACCCGACCCCUUCUAGCCCCACCCUCGGUCACCCCGGAGCCGGUAACACCCACCAGGGAAACGCCGCCGGCCCGGAAACACAUGCUUAGUAGAUCUCAAAAAUCGAGCAGUGAAUGUUUCAGUGUUAAUUUCGAAGUAGGAGAUGAAGCUACUUGGGAUAAUGAAUUGUUUUUUAUCGCUCAACACGGGAUCUCGUUACACGAAGCCUUGGCAAAAAUGUGCGAUCUUCGGAACAUCGAUCUGUCACAGUGCGAAGCCCGGCUUUUGGACAAAGAGACCAACACCGAAUCGUUCGUCUCUUUCACCCUAGACACGGGACACCUGGUCGGGAGACACAUCAGAAUCAUAGCCAAAGAAACCAGCAAUAAAAAGGGCACGGGCGCGUUCUACGGUAACCAUUCGCGAAAACAAUCGGGGAGUUAUCGGCCGCGGACGAACACCUUCUUUAGUUCAAGCACGGAAGAGCCGAGUGCUGUGGCCAGUUCCACCUUAUCCCUCCAUGACGGUGAUCAAAGUAAAAAACAGAUCAAACAACGGCUUCAUGCCUUCUUUGGGAAUAGUAAAGAUAAUAAAUACGAGGCUUUGAUUGAACAAUUGGACAAGUAUUCGAAGCAGGGGAUUCCCAAUAAUGUGAGCUAUCCGACGGGACAGUGUCCUUCGGUCGAUGCGUUGCACAAUUUGGAGGACGAUUGGAGAGAAAUCGUCGAUUGCAGUGAGCUGAACGAGAAGCAGCAGCAGCAGCAGACGGCCUUAUGGGAGCUGAUAACCAGCGAGGUCUCGUACAUCCGUACUCUAAAAGUCGUAACGGACUUAUUUCUUGCAUGUUUGCGAGACUUGCAAUCGCACAAACUCCUCAUCGAAAUAGACAGGGAGAAACUUUUCUCCAACAUAACGGAAAUUUUAGACGCGAACGUGAUGUUCUGGCGGAACACACUGUUCCCCUUGAUAAGAGACAUGCGACAACAUAAACGAACCACUUGUAUCGAAAAUAUGGCUGAGGGUUUCUCGAAAAUACACGAAACUUUCCAACCGUAUUACAAGUAUUGUGCGGAACAGUCGCGGUGUCAACAUUACUGCCGCGAAAACAUGGACAGCGAGGUGUUCACGGCGUAUCUCACGUGGUGCGAGAGCCAGAAAGAGUGCAAUAGGUUGCGGUUGAUGGACAUUUUAGUGCAACCGAUGCAAAGACUGACGAAAUACGGGCUUUUGCUGAAAGCCAUUCUGAAGAAUACGGACGAGGACGUCGAAAGGGAGAGUCUACAAACGAUGAUUAAGAUUGUCGAUGAUUUUGUUAUCAACGUUAAUGCGAGUUUGAAACACAAACAGGACAAAGAAAGACUCAAGGGGAUAAUAGCGAGGAUAGAAAGUUAUGAUAUAGUGGACACAAAAGACGACGACAUUGAUAAAAUCCUAAAGAAAGAAAAAAUCUACACCCACCUUGAUUUAACAAGACCUAUGCUGAACUGUCACCCCGAACGUAAAAGGCAUCUGUUACUUGAAGGCGACUUAAAACUGAAAGACACCGGGGCUUCCAAGUUGGAAGUUCAUUGUUUUCUCCUCACCGACAUGCUCCUGAUUUGUAAGCCUUCGACGAAAAAAGGGGGCGCGACUAUGCGAGUGGUGCGUCAACCUUAUCUAGUUGAUAGAUUAGUCGUUUCGGAAUUACAAAGAGAAACCCCAAGCUUGGCCAUAAUUUACAAAAACGAAUUUGACAUGGCUGUGGCUGCGUUCAUCCUUCAAAACAACGACGCGAAAAAAAUUAAAGGUUGGAAAGACGGAAUUGCCAAAGCUCAAGCCUUGUACGCUCAAGCCAAGCAGAUGACGUUUAUUCCGGACGAGCAAAGUCUGGAUGUCGACUACGGAUUAGAGUGUAACUUAGAGAGCGACUACCACAGCCUGCAGCUAGCCCCCAGGUCGCCCCUCGCCACGUCUUCCCGUGCCAGUAGAGUCUCUAGUCUUGCCCACAGUCACAGCGGUUCUGUCGAAAUGAACGACCAAUCGUCUGUCGGCUCGCCGAAGGAAGCUUCCCGCGGGGUCUCCAUCGAGACCGAGAACCGCACCGGAUCGAUUUCCAGCGACGAAGGAGUGCAGCCACUUCCCCCGGACAAGAGUCCCGUCUCCCAGAAGAACUCCUUCAAACGCAACCUCUUCAGCAAGACGCCCAACACCCUCUCCGUUCAGCCCUUCGGCAGCCUGGGCCAAAGUUUGCCCAACUUGACCCUCGGCUCGCCCAACGUGGGCAGUAUGAGCCUAAGUCUCAACCAAAACACCCUCUCGGUGCCCAAUAACAAGAACGGGGGUCAUCUACUCAGCCCCACGCAUCGAGGGAUCUCCUACCCGCCGCCGUCCCCAACCCGAGGCAAUCUCAGACGGGGACUGGCGAUCUCGCAAAGCAAAAACCCGCCCUUAAUUAAGACACGACAUGUGAACUCGACGGCAAGCACCAGUCAAAUACCGGCCAGUUUUGAUUUUGACGUGCCGGUGAUUGCAGGUGUGUCCCCUUCCGAGGAUCAGUGCGAAUCUUUUAGCAGAGGACAUCACCGCCAAGCCAUGAAACGAAUUUAUAGAAAUGAUAAGCGAUAUCAUACUGCGGGUGUCGUGGAUGAUAUAAAGAAAAACGGUACGAGAGAUGCAAGCAUCCACAAACGUUUGUCCUGGAACUGCAGUAGUCAGGAGCAAAGGCCCCCCAACGAGGACCACACCUAGCAUACAUUUAUAAACUCCCUUGUGUCUUGUAUAGUGAUCCUUUUCUUCUUCUACUUUAUAGUCUGUACAGUGCUAGAUUUACUAAAAUGUCUAGUUGAUUGAAAGAGAAUCGAAAACUCGGCUUGGGUUUAUACGGAUUGUACAAAAACCACUGUGGACCAAAAUGAACCCACAAUAUCACGAAAACAAUAAAUUUAUUAGAUGUCAAGAAGGUUUGGCACGUUUACAUUCCUAUUACAUUCCAAGAUAAACCUAAGCAAUACUGUACCUAAUCAAAAGUUCUAUCUGGCCUAAUAUUUAAAGAUUUUGAUAAUACUUUAAGUAGGGAUUUAGAAAUUUAGACCGCUUUAACUGAAUCGAAGUGUCGGGUAGGUUCUCGAAAAACAACUUUUGGAAAUUUUUGGGUUUUUCCAGGAAUUACCGACGCUGCGGUUAUGCGUGGACGACCGCUUUAUAAAAGAGAAAAUCGUUUGUUUUAAACGAAAUAGUACAAUGAAUUUUAUAUUUUGGUAUAAAAUUUUAUAUUUAUUUUUUGCUUAAGAAGUCUAUAUUUAUUUUAGUUACGCUAUUAAAGAAAUAAGAAGUUAAACGAAUGUAUCUUUGUUAUAUUUAUUGAGAACAUCUAAUAAACAGCAUUACUACA